AUGGACAACACCCAACUGCUACCACUGCACUCUCCGAAGAACUUAGAAGUCGUGUAUCCGCCAAUGUCCUCCUCAAAACCGACGGAAACAACGGAACCACGCGCAAAGGGGGUGGCACGUUUAACGGUCCAUAUACCCUCCGCUUUUCGGGGUACCUCCAAGCGCCCUGCUUCUAUCUCGCCCUCAAGAUGGGGGACACUAGAGUUCAAGUUCUACUACGUGGUGGCUCUGGUAGCUGUGCCGUUGAUGGGAUGGAUACCCGUAUCUCUCAGCCAGACAUCACACCCGAACUAUCCAAUGUAUGCGAGGAGACUAAGUGAAGGGUGGCUUCAUGGCCGGAUGGUGGACAACAGCGAUGCCCAAUACCGCUCCUUUCGCAGCAACCUCGGUCUUCUCUCUUUGGCUGCCUUCGGUUAUCUUAUUAUCAACUAUAUCCGCUGGAUUUUAUCUACCAGUUCCUUCGCAAACAACCUCUACCUCAUUCCGACCAACGUUGUCAUCUCGCUCGCCGUCGUCGUUGCACUCCAUGGGGCUAGCUCCCUCAAAGUCUUCUUCAUAAUAACUAUCAACUUUCUAAUCGCGACGAAGUGCCGUUCCUCUAAACUUGGACCGCUCCUCACUUGGGUUUUCAACGGUCUCGUGCUUUUCUUGAAUGAGAAAUACCAUGGGUACUUCUUUGGCAGUCUUUCCCAGUCGCUCGAAUUUUUGGAUGACCUCUCGGGAGUGUAUCCUCGAUGGCACGUAAUAUUCAACAUCACGAUGCUUCGCCUCAUCUCGUUCAACAUGGACUACUACUGGGCUUGUAAAAGUCCGGAGACUGCAGAUCUCACCCCGACGACUCUGAACGAGAAGCAACGAACAUCUCUACCCCAUAGCGAUGAGUUUUAUUCGCUCGUGAACUACGUAGCAUACAUCCUCUACCCACCACUCUAUAUCGCUGGUCCAAUCAUCACAUUCAAUGACUUCAUGUGGCAGCACCGAAAACCUUUGUCGAUGCGAACUCGCGACAACGUCAUGUACCUUGUUCGAUUCAUAUUCUGCUACCUGGUCAUGGAGUACAUCCUUCAUUUCAUGUACGUGGUGGCCAUCAAGGACAGGAAGGCGUGGCUGUGGGAUUCACCCGCAGAGAUUGCCAUGAUUGGUUUUUGGAACCUCAUAAUCGUCUGGUUGAAGCUCCUUAUUCCGUGGAGGUUCUUCCGUGCUUGGGCUCUGUUAGAUGGUAUCGACCCGCCCGAAAACAUGGUCCGAUGUAUGGCGAACAACUACUCAGCUUUUGGGUUUUGGAGAAGCUGGCAUCGCAGCUACAACCUUUGGAUCAUUAGAUACAUCUACAUCCCUCUGGGCGGCACGAAGAACGUCUUCCUCAAUACGCUCCUUAUCUUCUCCUUCGUCGCUCUAUGGCACGACCUCACGUUCAAGCUGCUCGCCUGGGGCUGGCUAAUAAGCCUGUUCGUCGUUCCCGAGCUUCUCGCGUCCUACGUCCUACCAGUAUCCAAGUACGGCAAACAGCCAUGGUAUCGCCACGUAUGCGCGGUCGGCGGCGUACUGAACAUCUUGAUGAUGAUGGCAGCGAAUUUGGUUGGGUUUGUAGUCGGUGUGGAUGGAGUGAGAUUCUUUUUCUCGCAGCUGUUUGGGACAUGGGAGGGAUUGAAAUUUAUGGUUGUGUGCUCCUGCUGCCUGUUUGUGGGGGUGCAGCUCAUGUUCGAGUAUCGGGAAGAGGAGCUGAGACAGGGUAUAGUACGACGGUGUUGA